AUGGCCUCCUAUCUUACAGUUCUUACCGCUUUGGCGGCUGUCUUUGCUCCUGUAUUCGCCGCGCCAGCAGCAUUACCUCAUCCAAAGAUCAAGACUCCAACGACCGACGCCAAACAAAUCAUAGCUGAUAGCUAUAUCGUCGUCUACAACACGGAUAUUACAGCAGAGGUGACUGCUAGCCAUGUUGAUUUUGUCAACGCCAUCGUCGCAAAACGUGACAACGCUGUAUCAGUUGGUGCAACAUACAAGAUCCAAGACUUCUCCGGAUACCAGAUUUCCGCAGAUUCAGCCUCCAUUGUCGAGAUCGCUAAUCAGCCAGAAGUUGCAUACAUUGAGAAGGACCAAAAGGUCUACGCCUCAUCAUUGACAACCCAAAGUGGAUCUACUUGGGGUCUUGGCCGUCUAUCUCACCAUGCAAAAAGUACGACCAGUUAUGUCUACGACAGCACCGCUGGAAGUGGCGUGACUGUAUAUGUGGUUGAUACUGGUGUCUAUGCUGCACACUCCCAAUUCGGCGGUCGUGCCAGUAUGGGAGCGAACUUUGUCUCCGGGUCUGCAAACACUGACGAGAAUGGUCAUGGAACUCACUGCGCUGGUACAAUUGGCGGUAGCACCUAUGGUGUAGCCAAGGCAGCAAAGAUUGUCGGUGUCAAGGUUCUUGAUGCCUCGGGAUCUGGAACUAACGCCGGUGUUAUCUCUGGUAUUCAAUGGGUUGCUACUAACGGCGGUUCUAAAUCCGUUCUCAGUAUGUCUCUUGGUGGAGGUCUAUCAGCUGCUUUAAACAGUGCCGUGACAAGCACAGUCGCUUCAGGUGUAACAGUCGUUGUAGCAGCUGGAAAUGACAAUACAAACGCAGCCAACACCUCUCCAGCCUCAACCCCCAACGCCAUCACAGUCGGCGCCAUUGAUUCCACCGAUGCCCGCGCCAGUUUCUCCAACUAUGGCGCCGUCCUCGAUAUCUUUGCUCCAGGAGUCAACGUUCUGAGCUCGUGGAUUGGCUCAACUUCAGCUACCAAUACCAUCAGUGGUACUUCGAUGGCUACUCCUCACGUAGCGGGUCUCUCGGCUUACUUGAUUGCGUUUGAGGGCUUAUCUACGCCUGCUGCUGUCGUCGCUAGACUUAAGGCGUUGGCUAAUAGUGGGUUGAUUACGAGCCCUGGAUCCGGAAGCCCAAAUCUUAUUGCUUAUAAUGGUAAUGGUGCUUAG